ACUUAUGUUUUCUGUCUCUGCAGGUUAAGGAGACAAAAUCUGACAAGGAACAAAGCAGCAUGUUGGGCCUCUUCAGGAACAGCAGGAUCAGAAUCACAACUCUCGUCCUCUGCUUGGUGCACUUCACCAUGACGACUGGCUACUACAGUCUGUCGUUUAACACGGCUCAGCUCCACGCUGACCCCUACAUGAGCUGCUUCAUCGCCGCAGCAGUGGAGAUCCCUGCAUACGUCUCCAGCUGGAUCGCACUCAGAUUCCUUCCCCGACGACUUUCUGUCCCUGGGACGUUGAUCCUUGGAUCUCUGCCGCUGUUCAUAUUACUACUGGUGCCAGAAGAUCUGUUUGGUGUUUCUCUUGCGUUGGAGAUGGUGGGUAAGUACGCUUUCACGACUGGAGCCUCCCUGAUGUUCGCCUACACCACAGAGCUUUACCCAACAUCCCUGAGGAACACCGCGACAGGGACAACCACCACAGUUUCCAGGACUGGAAGUUGCAUCAGUCCUUUUCUGUUAAGUCUUGGUGGGUACUUCAGCUACUUGCCUUAUGUGACUAUUGGCUCUCUGGGAGCUGUUACUGCCUUUGUUGCUCUUUUGCUUCCAGAGACUUUUAAGCAACCGCUGCCUGAAACCCUUCAACAAAUGCAUGAAAGACAAACGACCAAAUGUCCCUGCAUCCAAAAAGCUGAAGCCUCAGAGCCAGCCGUGUUACCAGACAGUCCUCUGUGACUGAGUGUUGCUGGUUCAGCUUUAAAUUCUGUUUUUUUCAACAUUUCCAGAAGUGAUUUCUUCUGAAUUACAUUGGACAUCCCACCUUCCUCAAUAGUUUUAUUGUUGUUUAUGUUAAA